GACAAAAUGUCAGCGAUGGGCUGCUUGCAGAUAUUUCGCAAGAGACGGCAGGACAGCAGCUUCUGGAGCAUGAGCAGAUAGAACGUGGCGGCCAUGCGUUUCCCAUGUAUGUGCUGCCAUUGGACACGUUUAUGGCCAUGACCGAGAUCAGGUCGCACGCGGUGCUUCUAGAUGAAGGAGUUUUGGUGCAGUUCCAAGAGAGCAUGGGCAAUGCUAUGUUCAUCUCGCACCAGUGGGCGGGCCACGAGCAUCCGGAUCCCAACUUCGAGCAGGCGCGGGUGCUGCAGCGGGCACUGACCAAUAUCUUCUCCGGUAAGAGCAAGAUCUCCGCAGACGUCAUAAGCAGCGUCUUCCUUAGAAAGAUCCGCAAGGUGACGCCCGAAGCGUUGCGGAAGCUGCCCUU